AUGUUCAACCGCCCCAAAUACUCAUUGGGGCAUGAGGAGAUUUACGUUUGCGGGCUCUACUAUACUCUUCCCAAUUCCUACCGUACUGAAUUAGAGAGAUUCUACCUUCCCCAAGUAUCCCUCCAAGCACACUCUACUAUCCUCUCUACUACCUCCCGCACAAUUCUCACCCAGGCUUUCGUCAACCCUUCCGACACGAAAGGCAUCAAAGAAGUCAGAUACACAUUCCCUCUCUACGAUGGUGUAAGCGUUGUGGGUUUCACCUGUCAUAUCGGAGACAGGACGAUUGUAGGUGAGGUCAAGGAGAAGGAGAAAGCGAAACAGGUGUUCCAGGAAGCUGUAGCCAAGGGCGAGACAGCUGGACUGCUAGAGCAGUUACCAGAAGCAUCUGAUGUCUUCACGACAACAGUUGGAAAUAUUCCCCCUGGAGCCAAUGUCAUUGUCAAGAUCACAUAUCUCGGAGAACUCAAGCACGAUAUGGAAGUCGAUGGCAUCCGCUUCACAAUCCCCAAUAUUAUCUGCCCGAGAUAUGGAAAAUACCCACUCGGGCUGACAAGCAACACCACAGCGGAUGCAGUAGGAACCGGCAUUGAGAUCACUGUGGAUGCGGAGAUGGCAGAUGGUAGUUUCAUCCAGCAGAUUCAAAGCCCCAGCCAUCCAAUUUCAGUAUCCAUGGGCACAACAUCCUUCGCCCCGAACGCCGAACCCAAGAUGAACAAGGCCUCGGCCACCCUCUCCCUCGGCACUGCCCAACUCGACACUGAUUUCAUCCUUCAAAUCAUCUCCAAGGACUCUGGAAUCCCCAAGGCGAUUCUGGAAACCCAUCCAACGAUCCCGAACCAACGCGCCCUGAUGGCUACCCUCGUCCCCAAAUUCUCCCUUCCUGCAGAGAAACCCGAAGUCGUAUUCGUUUGCGAUCGCAGCGGCAGCAUGUCGGGCUCUCGCAUCAAUCUCGUCAUCCAAGCGCUCAAAGUCUUCUUGAAAUCACUACCCGUGGGGGUGAAAUUCAACAUUUGUUCGUUUGGCUCCUCGCACUCAUUUUUAUGGCCGAAAAGCGUGACAUACAGCCAGCAAACCCUCGAUCAAGCUGUCAGGCAUGUCGAGCUAUUCCAGGCGAAUUUUGGUGGGACGGAAAUGUAUCAGCCGAUCAAGGCGACGCUAGAUCAGCGGUAUAAGGAUAUCCCACUGGAAGUUAUGUUGUUGACGGAUGGUGAGAUUUGGGAUCAGCAAAGGCUGUUCUCGUAUUUGAAUCAGGAGGUUGCUGAGACGAAGGUACCGAUCCGGGUCUUUACCCUUGGAAUCGGGAAUGGCGUGUCUCAUUCCCUGAUUGAGGGUAUAGCAAGAGCAGGGAACGGAUUCUCGCAGACAGUGGGCGAGGGCGAAAAGAUGGAUAGUAAGGUCGUACGCAUGCUUAAGGGGGCGCUAUCUCCGCACGUCGACGACUAUACAUUGGAAGUGAAGUACUCGGAUAACAACAGCAAAAACACGAGCCGUACACAAGACGACGACUUCGAGAUUGUGGAGAGGGUGGCAGAUAGCUUGACCGUCAAGAUUGCGCUUGAUGAAAAGAAAGAGGAAGAGAAACCCAAAAAGCCCAUAUCUCUAUUCGACGCCACCGCCGACCCUGACAAAGACUUCCCUCCCCCAUACGAUGAGUCCGGCGAAGCACGCUACUCACAUCUUCCCAACAUCAUGGCGCCAAAGAUCAUCCAGGCUCCGCAGAAUAUCCCCGCACUCUUCGCAUUCAAUCGGACUUCUGUAUACCUCCUCCUGGGUCCCGAAGCUCCACAACAGACUCCACAAUCUGUGAUUCUGAAGGGAACGAGCCAGUAUGGUCCGCUAGAGCUGGAGAUUCCAAUCCAGAUCCUAGAUAUGCCUGGUGAAACAAUCCACCAACUCGCCGCCAAGAAAGCCAUCUUCGAGCUCGAACAAGGCCGUGGAUGGCUGCCCGAAGCCAAAGACGAAUCCAGCAAACCGCUCAAAGAGAAAUUCGAAUCCCGCUUCUCUGACAUGGUGGAGCGCGAGGCUGUGCGUCUAGGGGUGCGCUUCCAGGUCGGCGGAAAAUACUGCUCAUUUGUUGCCAUCGAAAGAAAUAGAGCUAACAGGACGGAUAAGGAGCUGGAGGAAGCUGGAUAUGAAGUGCUAGAUGAUCCAGCAUCAGUGCCCCAAGCAUCAGCACCAGUCAAAGCAACGCAAAAUAUGUUUUCUUCUCUGGGCGCUAGCAGCGAAAGCAAUGGUGUCUCAGCUGAGACCUCGGCUUUCGGAUCUUCGAAUAAUACACAGGGUGGCUUUGGAAGCGCACCUGUUGCUGCGUCUGCGUCUGCGUCUCCGUUCAGCUUCGGAUCUGCAUUCGGUGCUGCACCGGCACCAGCACCAACAGCCUCAUCCUCCCCCUUCGGCAACCCCAGGGCCAAACCCUUCUCCGCUGGUGCCCCAGCCCCUGCCCCCACCCCCACAAAACCUAAAACCCCCGACGAAAUUCUCGAAAUUCUAAUCGCUUUGCAAACCUUCGAGGGAUUCUGGGAAUGGAGUGUGACCUUAUUCUCCGCCCUUAGUAUUAAUCCUUCUUCCACCGAACAAAAGAUGAAGGACUGGAGCUUGGGCUUGGAGAAGAGGGCUUUUGCAACUGCGCUCGCAAUCGCGUAUUUCGAAACCAAACUUGUAGCAUUGCAGGGGAGUUGGGAGCUGGUUGUUGACAAGGCGAGGGGCUGGUUGGAGGAUAAUGGACAUGGUGGCGAUUUGAUUGAGAAAGCGCGGGGGUUGUUGUAG